ACUCCACACAGUCCUGUAAUAAAUCCUUGUGAGAGAUGCAAAGGAGUUAGUGUUGGUGCUGUUGGAAAUAAAAUAUCAUCCUUCUCAUUGCAGGUUCCAUUGCAACUUAUAGAAAGUGUUGAGUGCCGUGAUAUAUUUCAGCUUCAUUUGACUUGCAAAGACUGCAAGGUUAUAAGGUGUCAGUUUUCUACUUUUGAGCAGUGUCAAGACUGGCUGAAGCGGCUGAACAACGCGAUCCGCCCGCCCUCCAAGAUCGAGGACCUCUUCUCCUUUGCCUAUCACGCCUGGUGCAUGGAGGUGUAUGCUAGUGAGAAGGAGCAGCACGGGGACCUGUGUCGGCCAGGAGAACAUGUAACUUCAAGGUUUAAAAAUGAAGUGGAGCGGAUGGGUUUUGAUAUGAACAAUGCCUGGAGGAUUUCCAACAUCAAUGAAAAGUACAAGCUCUGUGGGAGUUACCCCCAGGAAAUCAUAGUUCCUGCCUGGAUUACGGAUAAAGAGCUGGAGAGUGUGGCAAGCUUCAGGUCCUGGAAGCGUAUCCCUGCUGUUGUGUACAGGCACCAGAGCAAUGGGGCAGUGAUCUCCCGCUGUGGGCAGCCCGAGGUCAGCUGGUGGGGCUGGAGAAAUGCAGAUGAUGAACACCUGGUCCAGUCUGUAGCCAAAGCCUGUGCCUCAGAUUCAAGGUCCAACAAUACCAAGUUAAUGAACGGGAAUUGUUCCAGAGAUUUCUCCAAUGGAGGGGACCUCUCUGAUGUGGAAUUUGAUUCCUCCAUCUCCAAUGCUUCCGGAGCAGAGAGCCUGGCAAUACAGCCCCAGAAGCUUCUGAUCCUGGACGCACGAUCCUACGCAGCAGCUGUGGCCAACAGAGCCAAAGGUGGAGGCUGUGAGUGCCCAGAAUAUUACCCCAACUGUGAAGUGGUGUUCAUGGGGAUGGCAAACAUCCAUUCUAUCCGGAAGAGCUUCCAGUCGCUGCGUUUGCUCUGCACACAAAUGCCAGAUCCAGGAAAUUGGUUAUCAGCUCUGGAAAGUACCAAGUGGCUGCAGCACCUCUCUGUGCUGCUGAAAUCUGCACUGCUGGUGGUUCACGCCGUGGACCGAGACCAGCGCCCAGUCCUGGUGCACUGCUCAGACGGCUGGGACCGGACCCCCCAGAUAGUGGCACUGGCCAAACUGCUGCUUGAUCCUUACUACAGGACCACGGAGGGUUUCCAGGUGCUGGUGGAGACAGAGUGGCUGGAUUUUGGCCACAAGUUUGCAGAUCGCUGUGGCCACGGCGAGAAUUCAGAUGACCUAAACGAGCGCUGCCCGGUGUUCUUGCAGUGGCUGGACUGUGUCCAUCAGCUCCAGAGGCAGUUCCCUUGCUCUUUCGAGUUUAACGAAGCAUUCCUUGUCAAAUUGGUGCAGCACACCUACUCCUGCCUCUUUGGUACAUUCCUGUGCAACAAUGCGAAAGAGAGGGGAGAAAAACACACUCAGGAACGGACCUGUUCUGUCUGGUCUUUGCUGCGGGCAGCAAACAAAGCCUUCAAAAACCUGCUCUACUCCUCCCAAUCCGAAUCUGUGCUGUAUCCCGUGUGCCAUGUGCGGAAUUUAAUGCUCUGGAGUGCUGUUUACCUGCCCUGCUCCUCCCCCUCCACACCUGCCGAUGACACCUGUGCCCCAUACCCUGCUCCAGGCUCUAGCCCUGAAGAUCAGCCUCUGGGCAGGUUACCAAAGACAAGAUCAUUUGACAAUCUGACAACAGCCUGUGAUAGCAGUGUGCCUACAGCCAACCGACGUAGCAGCGACCCCAGCCUCAACGAGAAGUGGCAGGAGCACCGGCGCUCCCUGGAGCUCAGCAGCCUUGGGAACCCUGGGGAGGAUCCCUUUGAUGGAGACAGCCUGAGCAAGCAAGGCAGGGCUCCCGUUGGAGCAGAGCUCUCUGUUGCAGCUGGUGUGGCAGAGGGACAGAUGGAGAACAUUUUGCAAGAGGCCACUAAAGAAGACGUUGGUCUGGAGGAACACUUAAAGGGUAGCUUAGAGACUGUAGGUAAAGGGGAUGAGAUUGGCCUGGAUAAGGAGAAGAGAACUGAAAAUCCACAUGGGUAUGUCAGUGACCUCUGUGAAAAGGCUGAGGCAAAUAAAGGUGUUGUGAUGAACAAUCCAGCAUCCAAUCCACAUCCAGUUUCACAAGGUGCUUCUGACCUUAAAGGACAACAAGCUGAGCAUGCUGAUCUCAGCAGUGCUCUCCAGAAGUUACCUCAGGUGAAAGGACUACAGGCUGCUCCCUUGGAGGCCUUUGUAAAUAGAGACACUCAAAAGAACACAGAGGAAGAAGGUGUGAGCAAACUUGAAGGAGAAGCAGAGGGCCUGCACAACCCAGCCAGCCUGCCAUUACCUCUUACAAUCCCACAUGAGGCAAGAACAUCCAACAUUGAAAGUUCUACAGAAACCUUAACAGAGAGCGAAGCAAAGCAAGAUCUCCUUCCUAGGGGCCCUUGCCAUAGACCUCACCUGGUGGACAACAGUGCUGAUGGACUUUCUUACACUAUGGAAAACAGGCCCGAGGGGGAGAACACGCUAGAACUGCAGAAACUGGGAACAAAAGUACAUAGGACUUCUGGUAGCAGCAACACACACAUCCCGAUGCCUUCCCCUUGUGCCUUGCCUUUAGCUGAAUGUAAAGAUGAGAUUGUGUGUAAUGGAGAGCUGGAGCCUGAGAACAAGAUGAGUGAGAAGCCUGCAGGGUUUGGUGUCACCCAGAGGUUCCACGCCACCAACGGACACUGUGUGAACGGAGAGGACGGCCGGCUCAAGGCCUCUCUGAGCCGGCAGGUCUCCACGGCCAGCUGUAGUUCUGCACAGUUUCACCUGAGGAACUUGCACCAAAAAUGGAUGUUCAGUCAUCUGGGUAAGCAGCAGGCAGCCAGCAGCCCUGACCAACCUGCCCGAAGUCACCUGGACGAUGACGGGAUGCCCGUCUACACCGACGUGAUCCAGCAGCGCCUGCGCCAGAUAGAAACUGGCCACCAGCAAGAGGUGGAGACCUUGAAGAAGCAAGUGCAAGAACUGAAGAGCCGGUUGGAGAGCCAGUUCCUGAACAGCUCCUUACGUCUCAAUGGUGAUUAUGGAGAUGAAGUGACUUCUAUACCCGACUCGGAAAGCAAUCUGGAUCAGAACUGCUUGUCUCGCUGCAGCACAGAGAUUUUCUCUGAAGCCAGCUGGGAGCAGGUGGAUAAACAGGACACAGAGGUGACACGAUGGCUCCCAGACCACCUCGCUGCGCACUGCUACGGCUGCGACAGCACGUUCUGGCUGGCCAGUAGGAAGCACCACUGCAGGGACAUUGACCGUGUUGAUCAGAUCUGGAAUUGUGGAAAUGUGUUCUGCUCCAGUUGCUGUAACCAGAAGGUGCCCGUUCCCAGUCAGCAGCUCUUUGAACCCAGCAGAGUCUGCAAAUCGUGCUACAGCAGCUUGCACCCCAGCAGCUCCAGCCUUGAUCUUGAACUGGAUAAACCCAUCACUGCCACCUCAAACUAA